GCAGUUGUACAACACAACUUGUGGUUGUGUGAGGGUGUGUACGAUCCUUCAUAAAAAAACGUGAAACAUCUAUAAUGAAAAUUGCUAGUGCUUAUUCAUUUGUGCAUAAGUUUUUGUCAACCACCGUUGUCUUAUUUACCAGGUGUUCGACAAAUUAGAAAAAGUGUUGGUGCAUUAGUUUUCAAACAAAUCUGUCUGUACUGGCAUGUAUUUUGAAAAUGCACGAUUACAGUUGAGUUAUCCAUUAUUUUAAAAUCAAACAACCAAUAAUCAGAUUGUAUAACCUGCAACAAUGCCGGUAUUUCAAGAAUCCUGUGCAGAGCAAGUACAAGCUCAAACGAUAAUAAUAAUUCAUCCUGGCUCCAAAAAUUUGCGUAUUGGUAGAGCUUCGGAUGUCAAUCCAAUCACAAUACUAAAUGCGAUCGCUAGAAAGAGAAAACCAAAUGGGCUGGUGUACCAAGACCCCUUCUUGCCACCUCUUGUUCCUCGUUCUAAAGAGUUGACCCAGGCGAUGGAAGAGUCAAGAUUACAGAUCUCCUUGACCCUGCAAUCAUGCCUACAGUCUGAUGGAAGGAGGAGAUACGCUACACCUCCUCAGCAGAUAGCUGCUUUUAAUCGUAGAUCUACUCCGAAAAUAGAGUCACCCACUGCUAACGAAUAUUGUAAAAGAGAGGAAGAAGUUAUCAUAGGGGAUGACGUUUUAAAUUUGAAUCCAGAGGAUAAAUAUAAUAUACAUUUUCCGUUUAAAAGAGGAGAUUUGAAUGUACAUAAUGGCCCAGGAGGCAGUCUACGAGCUGUUCUUGCAGAUUUAAAAACUAUCUGGGAACAUAUUCUGACUGAAAAAAUGGAUGUACCCUUGAAGGACUUGAAACAUUACAGAGCAGUUUUGAUUAUUCCAGAUAUUUAUAAUAGAUGGUAUUUAAAAGAAUUAACGACACUUUUGUUGUGUGAAAUAGGAUUUGGAAGCUGUUUUCUGCUACAGGAUCAUGUAGCAGCAACAUUUGGUGCCGGACUCGGCUACGCGUGUGUCGUCGAUUUAGGUGAAGAAAAAACAUCCGUAUCGUGCGUUGAGGAUGGGAUUUCACACCGAAAUACGCGCGUACGAAUGGACUAUGGUGGUGGAGACAUCACCCAGACUUUCUUCUGGCUGCUUCAAAAAAGCGCUUUUCCUUACAAAAAUUGCGAUCCAUCGAAUCGGUUUGACGCUCAGCUUCUGGACCAGCUUAAAUGCGACUUUUGUCAUGUUGAUCUUAACAUUUGUGGAUCCCAAGAAAAAACUUUUACGGUAACAAAGUCGCGAGCCCCUAGUGAAAGCUACACCAUCCAAGUAGGAGACGAGUGUCUCAUUGCACCACUGAGUCUCUUUCAACCAGAACUUUUUCGAUUGACAGGAGCACACGGUGCACACAUUCAAAAACGUUAUACAGGUGAUUCUGAAGACCCCCAUGAUGAGAGUUACUUACGGGAGACUAGUCGGAGAGGAAUAAAAGAGAAUUUGGAACAAAAUUCCGAGAUGCCUGAAGAAUCUACGAUUUCGGUUGUUCCAGGUGAAGAUGAGGUUGUCGUAGAUAACGUAGAUUCAACGCCAAAUGCUUUAAACACCCGAGAACUCGAUGCUCCAAAAGACUUUGUUGUUGGUCCUCAGCAGCUUCUUGGACUUGAUCAUGCUGUACUUCAAAGCAUUGAUCGAUGUCCUACGGACGAUUUAAAACGCAAGAUGUACAGUUGUAUACUGGUUGUUGGCUCAGGGAUGAAGUUUCGAGGUAUUGGAACUUGGCUUCAUAAUAGGAUAUCCCUACAGAUCCCUUACAUGUAUAGAGCAGAACAAAUGGAUGUUAUAACUAUGCCAAAAGACAUUGAUCCUGGAAUGACAGCAUGGAAAGGUGCUGCAAUAUUGAGCUGCUUGGAAUCGGCUCAAGAGCUUUGGAUAGGUUGGCAAGAAUGGGAGCAGAUUGGUGUUAGAAUUUUAAGGGAGCGCGCUCCAUUCAUGUGGUAA